CUGGCGCGGCCCGCGCUCGCCCUGGGCCUCGUGUCCUACGCGGUGGGGCCCGCGCGGGACUGGAGCUACCUGCCGCAGCCCCUGCGAGCCGAGCUGCCGCUGGGCCCCCGCCUCCGCGACGAGCUGCCCGAGAUCCAGCACCUCUGCAGCAAGCACUUCGAGUUCCUGCAGCAGCAGCAGAGACUCCCGGAGCCCGACCAUGGCUACCACAGCCUGGAGGAGGAGCUGAGCCGGGGUAACUGCCCAGAGGAGCCGGGGGACAAAGGGCCCGAGGCCUCCCACAGCACGGGGGGCACGGCUGGGGAGAGUCCCCCAUUGCAGACAGGGGGCGAAACUGUCAAGGAGGAGGAUGAGCCCGUUUCGGCUAGGCCUGCAUGCACCAACAAGCUGAUCGACUACAUCCUCGGGGGCACUGGUAGCGAGGACGAGGGCACGGAGGAGGAGGAGGAUUGGGACGAGGACGACGGGUUCGAUAGCGAGGGGCUGCUUUCAGAUUCAGAUGUGGGCGGGGAGGGCUCGCCCCUCUGGGACUCAUUUUACAGCCUCGACCCCUACAACCCACAGAACUUCACGGCCACCAUCCAGACGGCCGUUAAUGGGUCCGGGGGAGACUCAUCUGGUGAGUCAGAGGGUGAGGAGGAGGACGCUUCCUGGGCUGGAAGCUGUUCGGACUCUCCCGGUCUUACUUCUGGAGAGGAGGAUGAAUGGGAGUGCGGCAGUGUGGAUGAGGCCGAGAACCUGAAACUCUGGAAUGCCUUUUGUAAUUCGGACGAUCCCUAUAACCCUUUCAAUUUCAAGGCAGCCUUUCAAACGACAGCAAAGAAAGGGAAGCGGGACCUCAUAGGGGUAGUGGGCCUGGGUUUGCUCAGCUCCGAGAGCAAUAGCUUGCUGACCUGCCAGGUGCAGCUGGUGGAGAAGCAGAGCAGUGUGGUUACGGACUUGGGGCAGCAUGGCAGUCUGCCUGGGAAGAGACAUACCCGUACCAAGAAAAAAAAGGUAACCUUCCUUGAUGAAGUUACUGAGUAUUAUGUAAGCAGUGAGGAAGACAGGAAAGGACCCUGGGAAGAAUUUGCACGGGACGGAUGCAGGUUCCAGAAACGUAUUCAAGAAACAGAAGAUGCCAUUGGAUACUGCUUAACAGUAGAGCAUAGACAGAAGAUAUUUAACCUACUCCAGGAAACAUACUCCAGAAGGCCUGAACUUUUCUAGCACCUUAAAAAGAUGUAGCAGACUUUUGUUAUCUUACUUAUCACUAAUAAGCCGUCACAAAUUUCCUGAGAAAAGUUUGUUUCUCUUCAAAGUAAAGUGGCAGCUGCCUGUCUUAAUUUUAAAUGGGGAGUUGGAGUAGUUUUAACCACUUCUCAAUUUAAAUUUAAGCCAGUGAGUAUACCGAGGUGUGUCCAAAUUUGGUAUUGAAACAAAGCCUGUUGAGGUACCAUUGAGAGUGAGAAUGGUAUAAUUGUAUUCCUUUUCAGCUGUUGCGAUGCAAAUUGCUUUAGGUAAAAUCCAUUCUACAAAUGCCGUGGCAGCCAUAUGUGGGAGAAAGGUGGUUAUUAAGUUACAAUUUUGCACUUUUAAAAAGGGAAAUCAUAUUUUGAAGGAAAUAUUUAUGGGGUUCAAAACCCAAUGAACACAGUUCUGAUUUAAAGUUUGUAUAUGUGGUUGCAGAAUUUUGUUGUCGUCUUUAUUCUAACUUCUGCAAAACACACUUGCUAUUUUGCUAACUAUUGCUUGUUAGCUGUGCUGUAUUUCUCUUUCAAAAAUUCACUUUUGCAUGUAAUAUCUAGUAUUUAUGUGGCUAUUUCUGUAUAACAACACCCUUUUAUAGUGUUUUGAAUUAUUUUGAUCUAGAACACUCAGGAGUGCUUGGGUGCACUGCUUGACACCCUUUGUUUUUUAUUUAUUUGACAUAAAAGCACUCGUCUGGCACUGUUCAAAGAUUUAUCGGAGCUCCUUGUCCACUAGGCUGAUGUUGAUUUUGAAGUAGUAGAAGUCCUUGUUUCUCUUAUCAGCAAGUUCAGUCUUUAAUAUACAUUCUGUUAUAGGUGACAGUGUGAGCUUAGACUAAAAGGGAACCGUAAGUGAGGCUUGAGUUUCACUUGACCCCUCUUAUAGCCAUUUCACCUUCAAAAGGCAAGUAAAGUUGGGAAUUCUGAAUUAUGUUCUUGCUAGCUUGCUCUAGCAUUUGUAUGGAGAACUGGAUUUUUAUUUCUUGUGGAACUCUAAGGCUGUAUACCAGUACAUUUGUCGCCAGAAACAGUAUUAACAAUACACCAUUUCUCAGCACUUUCACUUAACUGCUACCAAAAUACUGUUGUAUAUUUGGUAGAUGACAAGAUCUUUCAAGUGGAAGAAAAUGCAAGUAAAAGUGUAUUUAACGUUUAAACAAUUAUUGGACAAAAUAGGUAAUUUGUAGGUAUAUUGAAGGGCUGGCAAAACUGAAACCAGUUCAGUGGCUAUUACCAGAUUCUAAGCAGGAAGAGGAAUUAGUGUGAACUUAAUUUCUACCAGUAAUAAAACAUUGUGAUUGUUUGCGCAAGCUACUUGAUUAUGUUCUAGGGUGUAUGUUUAGUUUAUCGUGAGACUUGGAGAGAAACACUGAAGUACAUUACACUUGCACUGUAUUAUUAAUGCAUUACUAUAGCAGAGGAAGGCUGUUUGCAAAUUGAGAGAUUUUUGGGAGGGAUUGGUAUUCAUUUCAUCUGGUGGUUUUCAUAAGGCCUUUAUCAUUUGCUCUCAUCUUCUUAUCCCAGGCUGUUAUUGUUCAUUCUGAAUGUCUUUAAACACUUGAUAAGUAUUGGAUACAAAAUACGUGAGUUCAUUACCUCAUAUGUAUUCCAGAGCGAAUGGAACUUUCCUUUUUAAAUAUGGUUCAAUAACCGUAAGUUUCAGACCUAAAAGUAAGGUAUAUGUUCUUGAUGUAAAAUUGAAGGUUAACUUUUAUUUUGGAAUAUGUCUGAACAGCUCCAAUAUUCCCAAAUUGGAAGUCACGCAACAUUUUUUUUUUCUUAAUUCCUGUUGAGCUAGUAAAAUUAGGUUCUGUUUACCUGCAAAAUGAUUUGUUUGAACUGGUUUAUCCUGGUGAAAUUCUAGUCGGACUCAUGUGUUCAUAGAGUUUGAAUGGUGUGACUUUGGGGAGCUGAAAGGGAUGCUCUCAGGUCAUGUUUGAUCCCAUAUUUAGAUUUUGUAAGACUGCAAAACAUAAGACAGAGUAAAAAUAAUUCUGCUAGAAACUGUUUUUUUGAAAUCCUCUUUUCUUACAGCAGUUCAAACAGAACAGUGCAGCAUUGAGAGAGCACGGGGGAAGAGGAUGGUUUUGCAGUUAAAGCAGUGAGAUCAGAGUUCUUUUCCCAACCAUGAAGGUUUCUCUCUGCUUUUGUACAGAUCCUUUGAUUUCUUUCUCAGUUUACCUGCAACUGAAAUACACAGUUAGGACAGCUCUCUUGGACCUAUAAGGUACAACAUAGAAAGGCAGAGAGUCUAGUACUAAGCUGGUUAUAGCCAUAGAUGUCCAGAAGAGUAAACCUCCUUAAAUUAAUCAAAGUUUUCAUUCUUCUUCUUUUCCAUGCAACAGCUAUUUAAAAAUUGCUAUAAAGGGUGUGGAAGACUGUUGUGUAUGAUUCAAUGGAAGGAGCCCUUAAAAAGAACACCUGUUAAUUUAAAACUUUAAAUCAAAACUGUAAUUAUCAGAUUUUAUUUUUAUAUAAUUUAAAAGAAAGAAGCCUUGACAACCUUCUACAUUGGCUUUGUACAGAUUAUAAUUCAUUUGAUUGUAUCCAGUUGGGUUUUAUAUCUAAAGUUAUAUUUCUGUAUAUAAUAAAACUAUUCAGAACUAAUCUGUAAAUUGUAAUAAAGACAUUUGCAAGA